UUGCCUUCAGCUCUAUUUCUUUUGGAUAUGUGGUAGCUGUCUUGGUGGAUUAUUUUAUCUUCUCUGCUACGGUUCUAAAACCAGCAAGCCUUAAUUUCUUUGUCGAAAUCGUGUCUUUAAGUCCGGAAGACGAGGCCGCUGUCGGGUCGAAUCAACCAGUUCCCGCACUGUCGGAUCGACCCAAUCCUUGACAAUGACAACUAAUCCCAGCCUCAACAAUUACUGGGAAGAUGUUGCAGAUUACAACUAUGAUGUUCAAACCAAUCAAAUCCCCGAGUGUAUCCUCUGCCAGGACCCAGACGACCCGCAAAAUAGCCUUGCCUUCCUGCGCGAUGCGAUCUGGAGGGCUUUUGAUGCUACAGUCGACUGGCUAGACUACCGGGGCGAAGAGCAAAAUAUAUAUCCGAGCUUCCGCGGCCAGAAAUACCCCAUGCCCUUCACGUCACCCGAGAACACUUGCGUCAGUUACCCAGCAAUUGGCGUCGCAGUAUGGGAACGAGGUCAAAUCUACGCAUUCCCAAUCGUCGACGGACCGAAUCCGUGGCAAGAUGGAUUUCCUGUAGGGCCUGAUAUGAUUAUGGUCCAAAUAACGCCUUGUGGGCGGCCUGUUUUUAUCGGCAUGAUAACACAGCGAGGCAUGGACCCCAAUGGCAAUGUGUGGCACUAGGGGGCCAUUUGCCAUUGGCGAAAUGGGAGCCGAGAUACUGACGCCGAAGAUGAGGAAUACCCAAUUUACCCAGGCUUUGACACCAAGCAGCGUUCCAUCACCCCUCCUAGUCCUUUCAAACGUGUGGGAGACCAAACGCAGAACAACUUUAUACGAAGACCCGAAGAUAUGCCUAGGGAUGAGGGU